UUCAUGAAGAAAAGAAAUAUGGCUCUAGCUUCAGCUCGUUCUAUCAUACACUCAACGAAGAUAAAGCAGUUUUUAAUCAUCAGUUCAAUUUCUCGUCUUUUCUUGGUCCGUGGCAACAAUUCUUUAGCAGCAAAAUUGGUCCAGGUGCCACUUUCAAGAAUCAAAGAAACACUGGAUUCUGAGGAGAAAAAUCAUUUUUCCACCCUCAAAAGCCAAGACUUUUCAUGGGAUGGGCUUGUUUCUGCUCUCUUGUCUUCUUCAUUUCCCAGAAAGGCCAAUUUGGUUGUUGAGUGGAGAUUAGAGAAAUUUAUCAAGGAAAAUGAGAAAAAUCAAGAUUCUUAUUCUUGGUUAAUAUUGCUAUGUGGAAAGAUACACAAUAUUGAAACUGCAUCGCGAAUAUUUUCUGCAAUGGAGGCUCAAGGAAUCAAGCCAACCUCUUCAGUCUUUAAUGCCCUCAUAUCUGCAUGCUUGGCCUCGAAUGAAAUUGUCACAGCAUUAAGUUUAUAUGAAUUAAUGGAGAUCUCCGAGGAGUCUAAACCUGAUGCUGACACGUAUACUGCUUUUAUUACAGCAUAUGCAAGUUCAGGAAACAAGGAGGCAAUGCAAGCUUGGUACUCAGCUAGAAUGGAUGCUGGGUAUACGCCGGAUCCUCAAACAUAUGAUGCUCUCAUAUUUGGUUGUGUCAAGUCAAAAGAUUUCAGUAAUGCUGAGAAAUUCUAUGAAGAAAUGACAUUAACUGGUUUUGUACCAAAUUUAUCCAUUUUGCAGAACAUGCUUCUGGUUUACUCUGAGCAGAGAAAAUUUCAUAAAAUCAAAGAGUUUAUGAUGUUUGUAUUUGAUGGUUCAGGUAUUAUUGAUCGUCGCACAGCAAAGAAGGUUGUAGCUCUGUAUCUUGAACUGGGAAGAGUGGAAGAUUUGGAGGAGCUAUUAGUUGUUUUAUCUAAUUCAAAUCAAGCCUCAGAUAUUCUUUCCUAUGUGCAUCAUGCAAUUAUCAGAAUGUAUGUUAGGGCAGAUAGAUUGGAUGACGUAGAAUUUGCUGUUGGGAGGAUGUUACAGCACGGGAUGUCAUUCAGGUUUCCAGAUGAUGUUGAAAACGUAAUUUGUUUGUAUUUCCGGCAGGCUGCUUACGAAAGGCUAGACCUGUUUCUAGAGUGCAUAAGAGAUUCUUUUACGCUCAGAAGAUCGACUUAUGAUCUCUUGGUUGCUGGCUAUAGACGAGCUGGCUUGCAGGAGAAGCUAGAUAUGGUGAUCGAUGAAAUGAAGCAAAAUGGUUUUGUCAUGUCAUGAAUGAUUUUAUUUUAUUUUUAUUGAAGUUCCCCUUCAACUGGAUUUUUUUGCUGGAUGCAGGCUAUUGCCGUUAUUUAGUAUUGGGGUUUAAGUUGAAAUUAAGUGAAUGGUGGCAGAGGAUUAGUGUUAUUGCAGGAUAUUUUUGUAUAUAGAGGGAAUUCGAAUUGCGGCUUUAAGUUGGUGGAAAUGCUAUCCUGCCUGAAUUUGUAAGUGUUCAUUUACCUUUAAGGGAAGAAGAAUGAUAAAUCAAAGGAUGGUUAUUGUCACUCUUGAAGUGAUUAGUAGCUCUAAAGAUUGAAAGUACUCUUGAAUAUGUAACCUGUGAAAGUUAUGGAUGGUAUACUGUUGAACUUUAAAGAAAUUGAAGGAACAGGAAUGAAUGCAAAAAAUGCUUCUCUUGGCAGGUAUAGCUCUGCAAUUGGAGGAAAUGCAUGACUUGUUUUAGCAUAGAGAAUUUUGUACGAUAAGUUUUUUUUCCACAUCUGAUAAUUUCUAGCCUAGAAGCGAAGACUGGGUACGCUGAGAGUAUAUACUAAAACUCAGUAGUCCUGAUAAUUUGAUCGCAAGCCCUGAUAGAGAUCAUGUUUGAAGGCUGGAAAGUUUUCCCGAGGACAAAAAUUUGAUGCUUUGAAGUUCUGCGUUGCUUGUUGGAAUUAUUAUCCUA